AUGUAUCCAAAUCAGCUCAUCGCCGCCAUAUUUAUCCUCUUCCUCGCCCACGACGUCUCCGGUCAGCCCUUCCACAUACGUAACCGUCACGGUGGUCACCGCCAUGGCGGCCAUCACCGAUACCAUUAUCGACGUCCUAUGCUGCCCAGGCCAGGCGCCCACCAAGGAACACCGGCAACACCAGCAGCGCCGAAAAAACCCGACGCAGUUCCUAUUCCGGCAUUACCAUUUACACCUGUCACGCCUUCUCUUCCAGCCACACCAAAAACCCCCGUCACAAUGCCUGCCAAACCACCACCACCACCAACGUCGCUGCCACUCGGAAUAAUAGGUGAAAUAUCGGAGCACGCAAAAAUGUUCGGAUGGGACCCAAUGAAGGUGAUCAAAGGAUGCGGUCCUAGCUGCGACUUGCUCAAAUAUCUUCACAAGCAAGAAUUCCUAAUAGCCCACAAUUGGGUCAGGCUUUUAUUCAAACUGCCAUCUUUCACGUGGGACGAGAAGCUCGAGAGUGCCGCAAAACAAUACGUGAUGCAGCGCUACAAGGACUGCAUGGAUGUUCACUCGAACCUUCCUUACGGAGAGAACAUUUUCUGGGGCCUAAAGCUGCAUUGGACGCCGUCGGACGCGGUGUAUUCUUGGUUCAAUGAGAGCAAAUGGUACGAUUUCAAGAACCUUCAGUGCACGGCGCCGCCCGGCGAGGAUUGUGGGCAUUUUACGCAGAUUGUGUGGAAGGACUCUGUGCGUUUGGGUUGUGCCCUCCAGCAUUGCCAAGAUCCCACUAAGGGUAUGUUGAUCGUCUGCGAGUACGACCCUCCCGGCAACUACGACAACGAGAACCCUUUGGACGAUAACAAUGCCAAACACCACUCCUAA